UACAUUCAGAAAUAGGUGUAUUGUUCUUUGAAGUCCUUAAAAAAUGAUUGUCAGCGGAAAAUCGGAACGUGUUGUCAUAGUAAUCAAAUCCUACGAGCUAAUUCAAAAUGAAGGACGGAAGCACCGUUAUAUUCAAAAGUCGAUAUACUGUGAUUAAAAAGCUCGGAAAAGGAGCGAGUGGGAAAACUUACUUGGUGGAGGACUUCCAAGAAUCUCAAAAUUGCACGUAAUUAAUAGUGUUUUUGAACGGACCGUGAUCAGGAAGGUUUUGAAAGCCCUGAAGUGCAUAAAACUUGAUGACAAUUCAGAAGCUGUUCAAAAAGAUUAUGAAAAAGAAGCCCAUCUUCUAUCGAGUCUAAAACACCCUUAUAUACUCUGUAUUCAUGAAAGUUUUGUUGAUAAAAAUAGGUUCUGCAUUGUGUCAGAAUAUUGUGAAGGGGGUGAUCUAACCAAUUACUUAAAACAAGUGAAGAGUAAAGGAGAACGUAUCAGUGAAAAAAUCAUUGGAAAAUGGCUUGUACAAAUUAUAUUGGCCACAGUUUAUAUCCAUAAAAAUAAAAUACUUCACCGUGACUUAAAAACAAGUAAUAUAUUUUUAAAGAAUGGGAAUAUUAAAGUUGGUGAUUUCGGUAUUUCGCGUUCACUGGCCACAACUGAAGAACUGGCAACUACGUUUAUUGGGACUCCUUAUUAUAUGAGUCCGGAAGUUUUGAAGUACGAAGGAUAUAAUAAUAAAUCAGAUAUUUGGUCAAUCGGAAUAAUUCUGUAUGAACUAUGCACCCAAAGAAGAGCAUUCACUGGAACUAAUUUAAUGCGUGUUAUGUGGCAGGUGAUAAAUGAUCCUUGUCCUCAGCUACCAGAAAUUUAUUCAAAAGAAUUACAAGAGGUUUUAGAACUAAUGUUAAAGAAGACUCCCCAAGAACGACCAUCUGCUUCAGAACUUCUUCACUCAAAUGCGGUUCACUCGUACUUACGUGAUUUAUACAAAGAAAUCAUAAUUCACAUGCGAAACGAAUUAUCUGGUGAAAAUCGGAAGGAUGGGAGCGAAUUUAAUCUACUUAUGUCGUUUGAAGAAUUUAUUAGUUUACCUGAUUCAGUUUUGCACAAACAACAGUCAAUUGAAAACGCUGAGAAGUUUUCAAUACAAUUAAAUGAAGAGAUUGAAGAGAAUGUAGAACAUUCAGAAGAUCAGUACUUAACGCCACGUCAAAAAAUCGAAUUAAAUAAAGCAACUGAAUCAGAUAGAACUACUGCAGUCUUAAGAGAUUUAGCAGAACAGCUUACACAUACUCGGAAUAGUUUAAAUUCUACAAUGGAAACACAACUGUUCACCUGGCAGAAAGGAUAUCCAUCAUUGAAUCAUAUAUGGCCUACAAUCCAAAUACCUACAGAGAAACUGCUAAAUGAAUUAAAAAACCUUUAUUUAGAAAAAAUAAACAAUGAAACAAGCUUGAUUGAUGAACUAGAUGAUGAUUUGGAAAAUGAAGGUGAUUUAUUUUGGUCAAAGAAAUCAGAUUUAAACGACAAUAAAAAAUUGCCAGGUAAAGGUCCAGGUGCUGAAGAUGAAAGUCUUGGAACAUUUAAUUUUUUAAAUUCUACAAAACAUAGAAAUGAAGAAAUCGAAGAUUUAACCAACAAUAUGAGUUUUACUGAAAUAAAAAAUUUUUAUCCUUCACCUAGAUUAACUAGUCCAAUUUAUGAUUAUGUCACAAUGGAUGAAUUUAAAAAACAAGUUGAUAUUGAUAAUAACCCUAAUAUUAUUAAAAAGGGUAAUAAUAAUCAAGAAGCUUUGUUUAUACGUCGACAAUUUACGUUUCCAGCAAUGUUAAAUCAAAAUUAUGCACAAUCAGCAAGACAACUGAGUGAUAUUAAUAGUUCCAAAUUGAAAUGUAAUAGUGUAUUUACUGACGAUACCCAACUAAUGGAAACUUAUUACACAAAUUAUGAUAAUGAACUGUUAAAUUAUACAAACAAUUUCAAUAAGGAGGAUUUAAAAGAAUUAAUAGAAAAUGAAAAUAUUCUUCAAAAUGAUCUAGAAGAUAUAGAAAAUCAAGAUAAUGUAGAUUCAAAUGAAACAUUAAACGAUGUACUUGUUUGCAUGAAAGCAGCUUUGUGUCACCCUGAAGACAGUAAUACAAUAGUCUUGGAUGAUGAAGCUAAGACCAUAUUUAGUCCAGAGGCUAAAGCCAAAAGAAUUGAUGCUUUAAAAAAAUACUGCAUCGACAAACUUGGAGAAAAAGAAUUUCACAAUGCAUAUCACUAUCUUUAUGAAAAACGUAUUUUGGAAAAAAAUCAAUCUGGUGAACUAACAAUACUAAAUGGCUUAAAAUCUUAUUGUUCCGAUGUAACUACCGGGUUUCUACUUGAUCAUUUAUUAUUUCUUGAAAAUGAUGCAGUAAAACAAACAAUAAAUAUUCAAUUAUCUGAAUCUGUUCAUCAAAUCUUAAACGAUGAUUUGUCAUUUUAUGCGUAAGCUAAAUUACGUAAACAUAACUAAUUCAUGGCUGUGAAUUUUAUUUGGAUCUCUGGUUUUUUUAAACGUAGACUAUAAUUCCCAUUAUUUGGAAAGUUUUCCGUUCUAUUCCUAAGAAUAACAGUUACUAUUGUUGUUUACUUUUUCAUAACCUAUUUUAUUUUAUGCUCAACAACUACUUGUCUUAUAGAUUUUAUACCCUGAAAACAUUUCUUAUUUUGUAGUUUCUAUCCUAAUUUGAAAUAAUUCCAUCCAUGAAUAAAUAUACGGUUUUAGAAAUUACCAUUUAUUAAUCUGUCAUUUUUUAUUGUUACGCUUGAUUAUUAAACAAAUGGUGU